GCGGCGUCGAGCUAGUGCUGCAUUCAUCGAUUAGCGCCCGGUCGACGAAGCUUGUUUCUUCUCAAAGGGGUCCACGGGCUCCUUCCCCACAAACACGUGCCAAUUCUCUUCCUCUGCCGUCGUCGACGCCUGGCCAGCCGUAAUCUCCUCAAGACACCACAACCUAAAAUCGUCUAGUUUACUCGAUCGAAACGUCCCACCACAGUGACAUUUUCCCCUCGAUGUCGCUACACUUGUCUUUUCCAACCUAUCAUCAUUCCCAUGCUGCUGUCUUAUCGCUGUCUGUUGCGCUCCUCACAGACUUCACGUUUGAACUUUCACCGCUUUAUCUACGACCAGUACUCGACACUAUCUUCUUCGCGUAGAGAGCAGGUAACCAUUCCGUGCAGAUCUAAUGGUCACAUUACACUAAGUUUGUUCCACCCUCUUGUUGCUUCGGGGCCCGCGCUGCCCAUAAUUUUGUACCUUCCUCCCGGCCCCUUGCUGCCUGCCGCCUUUCCUGCGGUUAAUGUUGGCGCCGCACUUUCAGCCGUCACUUCGGCCACUGUCGUGCAGAUAAACUAUCGUUGUUCGCAAGAACAUCGUUAUCCUACACCUGUUCAUGAUGUCUUGACAGGCUACGACUGGGUCUUGGAACAUCUGGUUUCCACCAAAGCUUUCUAUCGUCCUGGUAGAGACUUCAACCAACGAGUCAAGCUCGGCGUGUGUGGUGAACUCCUUGGAGGUAGUCUCGCUGCCAUGCUCACCUUGACUGAAUGUCGUCUACAAGGUCCAUACAUGGCCGCUGCUGCCAUCAAUGAGCCCGUUUUAGACUGGGUAUUCCCUGAGGAGAAUGAAAUCGAGUAUGAGACCGUCGAAGAACAGUUUUCUUCCUUUGUUGAAAGGCUUCAACGUGGCCGAAGACCAAAGACCAAAGCAAAACUACGCUCGAACAGUUUCUCGACAUUUGCAGACAACGAAGUACUCAGCGCUAGCGCAUUGCUCAAAGCGAGGCACAGUCUUUUCAGAAGGCCUGAAGAUUACUUUGAUACCUUCGCAUCGCCAAUGUUCAACUUUCGAUCGCCAGGAGUUGCAGUACCAUCACCCCAGCCCAAGACGCCUGCAGAUGAAUUCGCCGAGCUAUCUUUGCUCGAACGAGAUGACUUUCACCGGCAGCAGAUGAAGAUGAGCUCGCUCUCAUACAGACUGCAGAAUCCGGUCAAGCAGGCAGAUGAUUUAGUACAUUCGAAAAAGCCUCGCAAGAGUCACAAGAGAUGGCCCAAUGCAGGGAGCGGGCUCAGAAUACCUCAGAUGCGCAUCUCGUCUGCCGUGACUAGUCCGCUAUCUGAUCAAGCCGAAGAAUUCGCUCGACUGAUCCAGAGGAGUAUUGUGCAGCAAGAGAUCCGGACGGUCGCGGCUGAAGGAGACGAGAUGGCAAAGGAAGCCGCGUAUAUGCUGGCUGAGCGUCAAAUAUAUCACAGACAGCCCGAAGCUUUACAACUGUGGUCGCUAGGUCAAACGCAGGACUUACAGCAUAUCGCUCACUGGUUUGAGCAAGUCCUCAGACAAUAACAAAAAGUUUCUACUCCUUUGGAUUUUUGUGCUAAUAGCGCUUGG